AUGCGCGCCCAUCCCCGGGCAGGGCAUCACAUGAUGAUGGACGAGUGGACGGAGGGGCUCGAAAGGGAGCAUCCGACACGCGCGCUCAGUCACUCGCGCGCUCCUUCACUUCACUGCAUUAACCAAGUCAUUCCCCUCUGCGAUCGACGUCCUGUCCUGUCCCUCGGCCACCACCACCAGCACCACCUCUUCUUGUGUUCGCUCGUGCGCGGCUAUCGGUGCAUGUAUGUACGUCCGUAG